AUGAAUGAGCUCCUCUACAAUCCACGUGCAGUGGAGGAAAUGCGGCAGGUUCAUGCUGUGCGCGACACGUUGUGGAAGCUGCAGGCAACUUCCAACACCGGCCUCGGCGAUGCCUCGGAUGAACAGAUCCGGAUGUUUGCCACCGAGGUGGAGAAGAAGUGCUUCGGCGCUGCAGGGGAUCCAUUUGCACCGAUGGACAAUCUCAAGACUGGCCUCGCAGCAGCACAAGAAGCGAAGGAGCUUUUGAAAUCUCAGGGUUCGCGCUUGGAGAUUCCCAAGCUGCCGGUGAAACCUUUGUCGGAACGACCGAACGAAGAUAUUCGCUUUGAUGACAUCCUUCCUGGGGAGAAGGUUCAUUACUCAAUCAGCCCAUCGGUUCUGCCAAUCAACAAACCCUUUCGAGAGCUACAGGGUCGCUUGCUGAUCUCCAACUACAGGCUGAAGUUUCAGGUGCCCAAAGGCACCUUGAAAGACAAGCUUGCUUGGGUGGCUGAAAAGCAACUCUUAGAUGUUCCCCUCGGCUUGGUGGAGAAGUUGGAGUAUGAGGGGGUCACAUCAGAGGCUGGUGUUCAGCAAUGGCGGCUUACCAUCACUACCAAGGACUUCCGGAACCUCAUGAUCAUGGUGCCACAAAUGAAGGACCUGGUGGUGAUUGAGGAGGCCGUCCUUGCUCUCAGUCAGCCUGGUGCCAGCUUUGUCAAGGCCUUGUUUGCAUUUGCAUACGUCUCUUGGCUGACCUUAGAGAUGGAAUUCUGCUGUGGCGACUACCAGCUUUGCGACACGUACCCAGCAGUAUUGGUCUUGCCUGCAGAAACCAGCCACGAGCACCUGCGGCGUGCGGCGGCUUUCCGAAAACACGGACGCAUUCCAACACUUAGCUGGUGCAACUCUGGCUGGGCCUCCCUUUGGCGCUGUUCUCAACCGAUGGAAGGUUUGCUAGGGCAGCUGGAAACAUCAGAUGAGAAGAUGUUGAAAUCCAUCAGGUGCGGCAAAGACCGAGACCUUCUCGUUCUUGACUUGCGACCAAAGAAAGCUGCAUAUGCCAACAAAGUCAAUGGUGGCGGCUUUGAAAGCUAUGCUGGCUUGAGAUUAGUGUUCGGCAACAUUGACAACGUGCACGGUGUCCGACUCUUGCCUGUAGCCAUGCUAUGCAUGGACCCACACUACCGCACCUUGCGUGGCUUGCUGCUGUUGAUCCAAAAGGAGUUUUGCUCCUUUGGCCACCGCUUUCGCACCCGCUUGGCCAAUGGCGAGAAGCCUAGCAGCGAGUGA